AUGGAGUCCGUCUCCAAAUGGAUGAAUGCGGAAUAUCGCCAAGCGGGAAACCUCGAAUCUUUGGUUGAAUCCAAUAAGGACCUGCGAGUUGUAUUACGUCAGGCGAAGGAAGAGAAAGACUUACGCCAUUCGAUGCUUGAUGAUGAAGCCAUCCCGCUCCGUCCGCUCCGUCUUGGAGCGUCAUUGGAGCUCGUAAAGUCUGUAUGGUCCGAUGAGGGACACAAGACAUUGGAUAACAGCGUUUUGCGGCUCACUAAAUCCAUUCCAUUCGAAGCGAUCGAGGAGGAUCCCGAGGUCGCUGCCCUCUUACUUCACCCCGUGCUGAGCUUUGUGGAGUCCGUCUCCAAAUGGAUGAAUGCGGAACAUCGUGAAGUGGGAAACCUCGAAUCUUUGGUUAAUUCCAAUAAGGACCAGCGGGUUGCAUUGCGUCAGGCGAAGGAAGAAAAAGACUUCUAUGCCUUCCGGUGCUUGAGAAUCCUGCGCAAGGAUAGAACACCUACCCCGUGGGAUGGCAAAAGUGUCCCAAAGCAAGGGGUUGAGUACGCUUGA